CUCUCUCUCUCCUCUUUAUCUUUUUCUCCUUUUCUCUCGUUGUGCUUCUGCACUGUUGUCGUUGAACGCCAAAUCAUGGAACCUGAAACCCUAGACCCUUUUCACUUGCCCUAAAAACCGAUUGAAAAACCGCCCACCUCCACCCAAGACGCCGCUGUUUCCACCCAUUUCUCCUCCGCCGCCUCCUCCCCCGCGAACCGAAAGUUUCGAGCUUGAGAUUUGAAAUCGACGGCCGAAGAAACAAAGAUGUCGUCUUUGAGCAGAGAACUGGUGUUCCUGAUCCUGCAAUUUCUGGAGGAAGAGAAAUUCAAGGAGUCUGUACACAGGCUGGAGCAGGAAUCGGGAUACUUCUUCAACAUGAAGUACUUCGAGGAGAAGGCGCUGGCGGGAGAGUGGGAUGAGGUCGAGAAGUACCUCUCUGGGUUCACCAAGGUCGAUGAGAAUCGCUAUUCGAUGAAGAUUUUCUUUGAGGUUCGAAAGCAGAAGUAUCUCGAGGCGCUUGACAGGAAUGACAGAGCUAAGGCAGUUGAGAUACUGGUGAAGGAUUUGAAAGUGUUCUCAACGUUUAAUGAAGAAUUGUACAAGGAAAUUACGCAUCUUUUGACUCUCGAAAACUUCAGAGAAAAUGAGCAGUUAUCGAAAUACGGUGAUACUAAGUCAGCUAGAAGCAUAAUGCUAGUAGAGCUUAAAAAGUUGAUAGAAGCAAAUCCUCUUUUCCGAGAGAAGCUUGGUUUACCCACUCUAAAGGCUUCACGCUUGCGAACUCUAAUUAAUCAAAGUCUAAAUUGGCAGCACCAGCUGUGCAAGAACCCAAGGCCAAAUCCUGACAUUAAAACCUUAUUCAUGGAUCACUCGUGUUCUCCGACAAAUGGGGCUCGUGCAUCCACGCCAGUUACUCUUCCAGUUGCAGCUCUUGCGAAGCCAACUUAUGCUCCUCUAGGAGCACCUGGUGGACCUUUUCCGCCGGCUGCUGCAGCUGCAGCUAAUGCAAAUUUAGCAGGAUGGAUGUCAAAUGCUAAUCCUUCCUUGUCUGUGCAAUCAGCUGUUGUUGCUGCUUCACCCUUCCCUGUUCAACCCAGUCAAGUUUCUGGUUUAAAGCAUCCAAGAACACCGUCAAAUGCUCUUGGAAUGGGUGAUUAUCCAAACUCAGAUCACGAGCAACUAAUGAAACGCCUACGAUCUGCACAACCUGUUGAUGAGGUCAGUUAUCCUCCCCCUCCCCAACAUGCUUCCUGGUCACUAGAUGACCUGCCGAGAACUGUAGCGUGCACUCUUCAUCAAGGGUUCACUGUGAUAAGCAUGGAUUUCCACCCUUCUCACCACACAUUACUUGCUGUUGGCUGUAGUAAUGGCGAAAUUGCACUAUGGGAAGUUGGGAUGCGAGAGAGGCUAGUGUCAAAGCCAUUCAAAGUAUGGAAUACGACUACUUAUUCUAAUGCAUUUCAGGUUGCUAUGGUCAAAGAUACAACGAUAUCUGUAAGCCGUGUAUCAUGGAAUCAAGAUGGAAGCUUAAUUGGUAUGUGCAACUACAGCGCAUCUCUAGCAUAUUUUGAAUGCAAAUUUGGAUAUAAUUCUAGGUAUUUUUGUUGUACAGGUGUUGCAUUUACCAAACACUUGGUUCAUUUGUACGCUUAUCAAGGACCUACUGAUCUACGGCAACAUUUGGAGAUUGACGCUCACAGUGGUAGUGUGAAUGACUUAGCCUUUUCUCUUCCAAACAAGCAAUUGUGUCUUAUAACGUGUGGGGAGGACAAGCUGAUAAAGGUUUGGGAUUUGGCUGGAAGAAAUCUAUUCAGCUUUGAAGGUCAUGAAGCACCUGUUUACUCGAUUUGCCCCCACCAGAAGGAGAAUAUUCAGUUCAUAUUUUCAACUGCUGUUGAUGGGAAAAUAAAAGCUUGGCUUUAUGACAAUGUGGGCUCCAGGGUUGACUAUGAUGCUCCUGGGCACUGGUGCACCACAAUGCUAUACAGUGAUGACGGAAAUAGAUUAUUCUCUUGUGGGACUAGUAAAGAUGGUGAUUCUUUCCUCGUUGAAUGGAAUGAAAGUGAAGGGGCAAUAAAGAGGACAUAUAACGGAUUCCGAAAAAAAUCUUCUGGGAUAGUGCAGUUUGAUACAACAAAAAAUCACUUUUUGGCUGUUGGUGAAGAUAACCAGAUAAAGUUUUGGGAUAUGGAUAGUACAAAUGUUCUUACUACUACAGAUGCUGAGGGUGGACUUCUGACUCUUCCCCGUUUGAGAUUCAAUAAGGAAGGAAAUUUGCUUGCUGCUACCACGGCUGACAAUGGAAUCAAAGUUCUUGCUAAUGCUGAGGGUUUCAGAUCCUUAAGAGCAAUUGAAACUCGAUCUUAUGAAGCAUCCAGAGCACCUAUUGAGAUGAAGGUAUCUGGUUCUUCUAUGGUUCCGAACAUCAACCCAACCAUUAAUAAAGUGGAACGUAUGGAUACAAGCUCUCCUGCCAGACCGACUCAUAUUCUUAAUGGAGCUGAUUCUAUGGCAAGAGCUGAUUCUAUGGCAAGGGCUGAGUCUAUGGCAAGGGCCGAUUCUAUGGCAAGAAGCCUGGAAAAGAGAAGAAGUUUAGAUGAUGUAUCUGACAAAAUUAAACGUUGGGAACUGGCGGAGAUUGUUGAUCCGGUUCAGUGUCGGGUGGCUACCAUGCCAGAAAGUAAAGAUCCCGCUAACAAGGUUGCUCGACUUCUUUACACAAAUUCUGGUUCUGGCAUUCUGGCACUCGGUUCAAAUGGGGUGCAGAAGCUAUGGAAGUGGAGCCGCAGUGAACAAAAUCCAAGUGGGAAGGCCACAGCAAGUGUUGUUCCCCAACAUUGGCAACCCAACAGUGGUCUUUUAAUGACCAAUGAUGUCUCAGAAAAUGUUGAAGAAGCGGUUCCAUGCAUUGCACUCUCAAAAAAUGAUUCUUAUGUGAUGUCAGCCUGUGGAGGAAAAGUGUCUCUGUUCAACAUGAUGACUUUUAAGGUGAUGACAACUUUCAUGCCACCUCCACCAGUCUCAACCUACCUGUCAUUUCAUCCUCUGGAUAAUAACAUCAUAGCAAUAGGAAUGGAAGAUUCAACUAUCCACAUUUACAAUGUUCGACUUGAUGAGGUCAAAGCAAAGCUGAAAGGCCACCAGAAGCACAUUACUGGCUUAGCAUUUUCUGUCAGCCUUAAACUCAUGGUUUCAUCAGGUGCUGACGCUCAACUAUGCUUUUGGAACAUGGAUACAUGGGAUAAGAGGAAAUCGGUUCCACUUCAGUUGCCCGCUGGAAAGGCUCCUGUUGGUGACACGCAUGUGCAAUUCUAUUCUGAUCAAGUCCGAUUGUUGGUAUACCAUGAGACUCAACUAGCACUAUAUGAUGCGGCCAAGUCGGAGUGCAUUCGGCAGUGGAUGCCACAAGAUGUACUGCCUGCGCCAAUAUCUUGUGCAGCAUAUUCCUCCAGUAGUCAACUAGUUUAUGCGGCUUUUACUGAUGGUAAUAUUGGAGUAUUUGAUGCUGAUAGUCUGAAACUAAGAUGCCGUAUUGCCAUGUCGGUGUACUUACCACAAGCAUCAUCAAACAGCCCAACCGUGUACCCGCUGGCUCUAACAGCACAUCUGCAGGAGCCGUACCAAUUCGCUGUUGGACUGACAGAUGGAUCUGUUAAAGUUAUAGAACCCUCGGAAUCUGAGGGGAAGUGGGGAGUUUUGGUGCCUGUUGAUAACGGAACACAGAACGGGUGGACAGCAACAUCUUCGAGUAACAAUCCAGCAUCUUAGCAGCUCCAUCUAGCAAUUUCUAUGUCCAUUUCCUAGAGUUGGUUUGUGUUGUAUUCACGUACUGCUACAUCAGACUAGUAAGGGGUAUAGCAAAAUUUCAUGUAUAUUUAUAUGUUUAUCAGAUAAAUGUGUUUAAUUAUUUCAUCAAAUAAUAGUUCCUUAUCCCUCUGCUGCAA